AAAAAGUUUGAUUUUAUGGUCGAUUUAGCAUUAAUUUGAGUUGAAAAAGCCCAAAAUGAACAUCAAACUUACAUUCUCGCUUUUUAUCGUAUUUUAUAUUGCGACAUGUCACAACAAUGUAGAAGCAUUUGGUGGUGGUAAAUCAUUGGGUGGAGCAAGUCGAGGAUAUAAUGGUGGUUCACAAAAGUCAAGAACGGGAAAUCAUCCAUAUCCAUUAGCUGGUGUAGGCAACGAGUAUGAUAGAAUGAAUUACAAUAAGAAAUCCAAAGAAGCAACAACACAACCAAAGUCAUCGGGCAGAAACAUUUCGACACCACAAAUUGUAUUUAUUUUAACAAUGAUCAUGACCUUGGGAUUUGCAGGAUAUUACUUUAUUCAAUUCUACCCAUUCCUAUGCUCAAAAGAGUCCAAGUAUGACGUUAUGAGCCGAUCAUCAGUCACUCCUACACACUCGCGAGAAUUUGAGUACGACGAGUCCACAUCAAGUGGUACAAAAUCAACUAAUGCAUCAUAUAGUAACGAACAUGAUGUUUAAGUGCUCUGGAUUCUCUUAAUUCUACUUUUACAAUUCGAUGAAAUUCAAGACUGACAAAAAAAAAUUAUGAACUUAUAUUUUUGGAAAACAUUUAUCUACUCGAAAUUUAUGUGGCAUUUAUACGAAAAAAGAAAAAAAAACAUAAUUAACAAUGAAUUUAUACUGGGAAAGUAAUAGGGUCGUUUAUAAGUGAUGUUAAAUUUUUAAGUGGGUGAGGAGUUACUUCGAUCUUAAGAUCAGUGCUACUCAUACUAUGUAUAGCUAUGCUUUUCAACAAACUAUUGCAGGUUUUCAAGCUUUUUCGUUUGCAGCUUCAAACUUUUCGAGCAUAGCUUGUUGUGUUUUAUGUUGCGAAUUAAAGCUAGAAUCACUGUCACCAAAAUCAUCUAAUAUUGUAAAACGCAGCAUUUA